AUGAAUGCCAAGGAGUGGAUGCGCAAGGAGGACAUGACCACAGCUUUGGACUGCCAUCUUGGGUGGAUGAGAAAAGCUCUGGGAUUUGCACAACGAGCGCUAGAGGCACAGGAAGUUCCGGUUGGCUGCAUCAUCAUAUAUGAUGACAAGAUCAUCGCGAAUGGAGGCAACGAAGUGAACAAGACAAAAAAUGCAACACGGCAUGCCGAGAUUAUAGCCAUAGAGGAAGUCCGUACAUAUUGUGCUGAAAAGAAACUUUCAUCUAAAGAUGUUUUUAAGUCAUCUAUUCUGUAUGUCACAGUGGAGCCAUGUAUUAUGUGUGCUGGCGCUUUAAGGCAAAUUGAGAUUCCCCUUGUUGUGUAUGGUUGCAGAAAUGAAAGAUUUGGUGGUUGUGGAUCAAUAAUUGAUGUUUCCUGUGAUAAGGCAAUUACCUCAAAUAUUGGACCAACCUUUGAUGCCAUUAGUGGUGUUCUUGCUGACGAUGCUGUGAGUUUGUUGAAAAAUUUCUAUAAAGGAGAGAAUGUGAAUGCCCCAGAUUCGAAGAGGAAAGUGAAGAAAGAACAAAGGAGUUGA